AUGUUACAGUGUGUCUCAGCAGUUGCUCUCAUGGUUACUGCAGUAUCCAUAGUCACUUCAGGGGAAGACAUUGAAAAGAAAGGUAUCAAUGUGACUUUAGCAGAUGAUACAGAGCAGGAAAUUCUGGAUGAUUCAGCUCUGUUGUUCAAAAAUGGUCGCCUUCAGAUAAAUGGUAGCUGUAAACAGGCAAUGUUCCAAGCAGCUAUGGCCCUCUUCUUCAAGCCAGAUGCCAUUAUCCAUAUGCCUAGUUGUCUUGGUCAUGACAAGUGGUACCGUCGACAGUGUGUGGACUCCCUGGGGAUCUGCUGGUGUGCCACACCCCAGGGGACACCUAUAGCUGGAUCACAGAAACGUGGCACAUCCUGCUCAGCAAAACCAGAACCAGUUGAUCCAGUCUGUCCAAAUGACCAAAACACACACCGUUGUAACUUCUUGACAUGCACAAUGACGAUGUGCCCAGCAACAGGUACAAAUUGCCAUGUUAACCCAUGUGGAGGGUGCAAAAGAGAAUAUAUUAAGAAUCAUAUGAAAACUGAAUAUGAUUGUUUCAAAGGUUUUAGCACAUGUGGGAAGAAAAUGCUUGAAGUACUGAAUAGUCACACUUCCCAAGAGAAGAUGAAAGUGAUAUCUAGGCUGGUUGCCCUACAUCUGAUAUUUGGCAUGGGUAAUCUCGCAGGGAAAUGUAGGGAAGAUCAGGUGGGGAACAGACACCCCCAAACAGAUGGGGUGAAUAGACGCCCACCAAUGGAUAGGGUAACUGUGAACCCAGGAAUGAGUAGACACCCACCAAUGGAUAAGGUAACUGUGGACCCCAGAGUGAGUAGACGCCCACCAAUGGAUAGAGUUACUGUGAACCCAAGAGUGAGUAGACAACCACUAAGUAGACGCCCAUCAAUGGACAGGGUUACAGUGGACCCAGGAGUGAGUAGACAACCACUAAGUAGACGCCCAUCAAUGGACAGGGUUACAGUGGACCCAGGAGUGAGUAGACAACCACUAAAUAGAGGCCCAUCAAUGGAUAGGGUAACUGUUCACCCAGGAGUGAGUAGACAACCACCGAGUAGACGCCCACCAAUGGAUAGGGUUACUGUGGAUCCAGGAAUAAGUAGACAACCUGUAUUGGAUGGCCCCAGAUUUACUAGACGUUUGCCAACCAGAUUUUCUCUUGCACCACCAGCAUUUGAAGGUUCUUCUUUUAAGGCAGAUGUCCCACAGUCAGAAGAUACUGACAGACCACCCCUAUCAGUUUGCAAUCCAGACCAAGCGACACUUACUAGCAUGGAGUGGUUUCUUCUAUUUAAGAAAAUUUCAGAUCAACUAGCAAAUAUCAAUGAGACCUGGUCCAAGGUUUUGUUGUCUCCUUUGUUGAAUAAUACCAAUAGAGUAUUCAGUCAAACUGCUCUGUCUGUGUGGUUUAAUCAGCAGAUGACAGGUUUCACCCUUGGAGCUUCGAAUGUGGCAAGGAUGUUUCUUGCAAAACAUAUCAUUACAAUGUUUAUGCCUACUCAUUCAGUUACUGGUAAAGAUUUGAUACCAGCUUCUGGCUUCAGAGUGUGCAAUGCUGAGGGCAGCUUUGACAACAAGCAGUGUUCUGGUGUUUGGUGCUGGUGUGUGAACAAAGAGGGAAGGCCAACACAAGGCACUUUAACCACUGGUCACUUGGAAUGUGAUGCUAGUGGUGACAGGGUAGCAUAUGAAAGUGACCCUCUGUACAAGUGUAAAAAUGGACGUAUACCUGCAAUUUGUUCCAACAGUUGUGUGGAUGCAUCAUGCCCAAAUUACCCUGCGGCACUGUGUUUUGCCGAUCCUUGUGACAACUGCAAAAUCUCAUUCUUUGUGGACAAGAGGUCAUCUCUUGUUUGUUCAUCUAGUUUCAGGCAUUUUGUAAAUGUGUCUAGUGCACAGGCAAGUUCACAGAGCGUCUGGAUGAAAGAAUUAAUACACCGUAUAAUGCAAAUAAAGACUUUAAAGAGGAUGACACUUGACGAAAUGGCUGACAAUAUUGAUACAGGAAGGAAUGUUGGUGGCAGUGGAUAUAUGGAGGAUGAAGAGAUGGUAAAAAUGAUGGCAAAGGGAUGGACAACAGAUUGGGAGGAGGAUGGUGGAGAAGAUGAUCAAGGUGAAAAUGAGAAUGGAGAAAAGGAGGUCGGGGAGGAUGAUGGAGAAAAGGAGUUGGGAGAGGAUGUUGCUGAUGAUGGAGAAAAGGAAUGGGGAAAGGACGAUGGUGGAGAAAAGGAGUUUGGAGAGGAUGUUGCUGAUGAUAGAGAAAAGGAAUGGGGAAAGAAUGAUGAUGAUGAUGGAGAAAAGGAGAUGGUAGAGGAUGGGGAGGAGAAAGGACCACAGUUAAAACAUGUGGACUGUAAAGCAUAUGAUUUGCAAGACCAGGGACAGUCAGAAGUGCCUCUUAAGGCCUGUCCAUAUAAUGUUUGUAUGAACGUGACAUGUGACAAGUAUCCAGAGGCCAUAUGUCUUCCUGACCCACAGACUUGUCAACCUAAAUACUAUGACAUUGUCACCAGAAUGGAAAUUCAGUGCAACAAAAUCUACCCAGUGUGUCAGAGACAACGUGCAGUAGCAGUGAUGACUGCUCUUGUUGGUGGAAGGGUUCAGCUACUUGCUUGCACAAAGAGGGGAACGUUCAAGGUCACUCAGUGCAAUAAUAAAAAGUGUUGGUGUGUUAAUGAAGAGGGGAAGAAAAUAUCUCAUGGCAAGAAGUGUGGCAUGAUGAGGAAAAGUAUUGCAGUUCGUAUUCAGUUUGAACUUCAAGCAUCACCAGGCAUGACAUCAGCCUCCAUCACAGGGCUUACCAGUGCUUUGAGAGGGUUUUUGAUGCAUGAUUUGGACCUUAAAAAUGCACAAAUAAAAGACCUCACAAUCUCAGUCAAGCCAAACAGUAAAUUGUUACAUGUCCAACUCACUGUGUUGCGAGAUGGUUCUUCUGACAUGUCAGCCAUUUCCUAUUACUUGCGUGGAAAGAUAUCCAGUGGUGAUUUCUAUUUGAAUUUUGACAACCAUCAGCUCAUGGCAGCACCAGGUUCCAUGUCAGCUCAGAUGGAGUAUAGAGCUCCAGGUAGAACAAAGAUAGCAAUGUCUACUACAGGAGCAGAUGGGGGAAAGAUGAUAAAAAUGGUGAUUCCAGUGGUGGUCUGUGUGGUUUUUGCUCUUGUGGGUUCAGUAGUAGGAUUCUGUAUGUAUCAGCAAAAAAGACAAAGAACUAAGGAAAAGUUGGACAAGGACUCCAUUGCUCCCAGUGAUUCUGGCUAUGACCAGACACUGGAAUUUGACAAUGCUCUGUUUGAGCAUGACAGCAAGCAUUACCAGACAUUGAGAGAGGAACCCACCAGUCCAGCCCCUGAAGACGAACCAGGUGCCCCAGUGGUGGCCCCCAAAAGUGAAGUCUCUUAUCUGUAAUCCACGAUGGUUCCUGGAGGCUAUCUUCAAAGCAAGACGUGUCUGUACAUAAAAAUAGUUGAAGUCUGAUGACUACUUUUGAGACAAGGCUAGCAGUGUUUACCAUGCACAAUAUAUAUCUGACAAACCUUGGUUUGCCUUUUUUUUUUACCAAAUUCAUCCCAGAUAGUUUUGCCCUUGGUGACUGUUGCAUGCAAGUGAUCAGCUGCUUUUG